AUGGCCUUCACCUUCAUCGUCAUGCACUCUUUCAUGGACAAGGUUGCGUCCAAGGCAUCUCUGAGCUUUGCAGCGUGUGGAGCCAUAGGCCUUGCCAUUGGCAGCUCCUUCGGCCUCAUGGGGUACUGCCAAGUGAAGUUCAAUCCCGUGGUUUCCUUCGUGACUUUCUUGUUGCUGGGCCUUGGGGUGGACGACUCUUUUGUGCUGGUGCAGGCGUAUCACUAUACGAGCUCGCGUUCAAGACUGCAGGAGUCUCUAUCUUUUUCACAUCUCUUACUUUUUUUUGGAGCGUUCAUGGCGCUAGACGCUCACCGGGAGUACCUUCAAGUACCGUGGUACUGGUCGAUGAUCGGAAAGGGGUUUCUUUGGCCCAAGAUGUAUUCAAGCGAGGAGACGCCGAGCAAGAAUAACUACAUCACAGACCAAGGACAUUGUCGCACCCAGCCAGAGACGCAGCUCCUCAAGAGACUCGGCAGAGCGUAUGGAGAGAUGCUGCUGCAUCCUCUCGUGUCUGCUUGUGUCUUGGUCCUCUUCGCCGGGUACAUUGCUGUUGCUGUCUUCGGGGCGUCAAAGGUCGGCACAGGGCUUGACGUGCGCAACCUUGCGGCAUCCGACUCAUACUGGACCAUCUUUGUGACAGAGAGGUUCCGAUUGUUCAACGACUACGGGCCUCUGUACCUCAUUGCGUUCCCUGCUGCAGUGAUCGACGUGUCGAAGCCUGGAGAGCGGACAAAGCUGAUGGGGGUUGCAAGGGAGAUAGAGCAAGACAGUUGCUUCCUGCAAGUGCCUCAGGGCCUGUGGCUGAGAGACUUUCAAGCUUUUGUGCGAACAACAGGAGCAGACGAGACCUUGUUAGAGGGCGAGGCUUUCUACGAUUCGCUUUCCGUCUGGCUGGCAGGGACCGGAAAGGUUUAUCUCAAGGAUAUCAUGGUCACAUUCAAGGAAGGAAAGGUUGUGUCCAUCGAAUCAUUUCGUAUGAGAUUCAGGCAGAUUCCAGGCACAACAACAAGCGGAGACAAGUUAGGCGUCCCUUGUAUGAAGCAGGUGCGAAGGAUCCUGGACCAGAGCUAUCCUCCAAACAAAGACAUCCGUCCCCUCACCAUCGAUGAUAGAGAUGUGUUUGUGUACUGGGAGGGAUCGGCUAUCAUCGUUGAGCAAACAGUGCUGAACCUGAUCUAUGCGGCGGCCGCUUGCUUUGUAGUGACGGUUUUCAUCAUACCGCAUCCGAUUUUGUGCUUCAUAGCGAUGAUCGUGGUGGCGAUGAUCCUGGUAGGAACGCUUGCCAGCAUGUCGCUCAUCUCCAACAUGAACAUCGAGACAAUUUCCAUGAUCGACCUGGUGUUGGGGAUAGGUUUCUCUAUCGACAACGUCGCCCAUUACGUGCACGCGUUCAUGAGCAGUCAGGCGAUGGCGUACGGGGAGGAAGGACAGCUGCAGAGGGCGGCAUCGAGGAAGGCAAAGGUGGCGAUUGAUGCUCUUGAGAGGAUCGGCCUCCCGAUCCUCGCCGGCGACCUAUCCACCAUGAUAGCGCUCCUGGCGCUCCUAGGAUCAAAGAGCAGGAUCUUUUUCUCCUUCUUCUGUAUCCUCUUUGCGGUCUUGCUGUUGGGCUGCCUGCACGCAAUCGUCCUCCUUCCUGUUGUCCUGGGAUACUUCGGGCCCUUGAUCACGGCGUCGCAUGAUGAGGCCACCCCUCCUGCUAUGAGCCAGCUGAAUGUAACGGUAGUCAGCGUUGACAGCAAUGCCGAUGGGCGGGGAUCAGGCUCACUCGCAGAGCAGGGAGAUUAA